AUGUCGGUGGUUUUUACUCCUUAUGAAAAUCCGGAUGCAUUUGAAAAAUUUAAUCCUGUCAAUCAUGUUGCAAAUUCGAGUCAACCAAUGUUAGUUAUUCAUCGUGGUGAUGAUUAUCGUGUAUCUAAUACACAAGGAAUUAGUACAUUUGCAACCUUAAAACGACGUGGUAUUCCAAGUCGAAUGCUUUAUUUAUUUUCCUACAGAAAAUCAUGGAAUACUGAAUCCACUCAAUUCACUUAUCUACCAUCAAGAAGUAUUUGA